CUGUGAUCAGUACUAAUUUAUAAUGGCGUAAAGUUUAUACUAUAAUUUAAAGCCAUGAAACAAUUCGUCGUCUAACUGGUAAAUAUAUUUUGAAUGACCUGGAAAAAACGGUUGCGAAAUGGCGGUUGGAACCACCAAAGUUAUCCAAGUUACGAACAUAGCCCCGCAAGCCACGAAAGACCAGAUGCAAGUGUUGUUUGGCUACUUGGGUAAAAUCGAAGAUAUACGUUUGUACCCUACGAUUCGGGACGUAUCGUGCCCCGUUCAAUCGCGGAUAUGUUAUAUAAAAUUUAUCGAUUCGUUGACUGUGGGCAUAGCCCAGCACAUGACGAAUACGGUUUUUAUCGACCGCGCUUUGAUUGUUAUCCCUGUCCAGAAUGGAGAGAUUCCUGACGAGUAUUACGCCCUAGAAAUGACGAGAAAUGGAACCAUUGUGCCUGGACUUAACCUAAACGAGCCCAAACUGCCGCCUCAUGUCGUAAACACAGUUCAAGGUACAGGAAACGACCAGGUCAUUCUAACAAAUGACUGUCAGCUAGAAGCGAAUGGUCUUUGCGGGUACCCGCCUCUUCCCGCCACUUACGACAGUUCCAAGGUCGAGGAAACGCGAAGGACUGUGCUUGUGCAAAACAUAGACCCUUCCGUAACUUCGGAAGAGCUGAUUGAGUUCUUCACUACUGCUGGUGAAGUGAAAUAUUUACGCACUUGCGUCCAUACUCCAGAUAACUCAAACCAUGUGCUGAUUGAAUUUUCGGAACAACCGAGUGUCAUAAAUGCGCUCAAAAUGAUCGGGACAGAGUUCAAGGGUCAACCAUUAUCAAUACAGCACGCCACCCAACCCAUAAUAAAACCCCAAGCAAAAAGUAACGAGGCGGCUCAGAAAGAAAUUGAAGAGGCGAUGACGAGGUUUAAGGAGGCUCAGAACAUGAUCAACGCGUCGAUUGAACCUGUUAUAGGGAUGCUUACCAAGGAUAAGAGAAGUUCGAGAAGAUCCCGAUCUCGAUCCAGAGACAGGAGGCGGCGGAGGUCGAGGUCAAGAUCCCGUUCGCGGAGGUCGAGGUCUCGCAGGCGACGAUCCGCGUCCAGAAAACGGUCUCGGUCAAGAGAACGCAGGAGAAGAACAAAAUCCAGGUCUAGGAAGAGGUCGCGAUCAAGGUCCAGGCGCCGUUCGGGAUCGAGGGGUUCCAAGACACGCCGAAGUCGCUCGAGGUCGAGAAAGCGCAGCAGCAGGGAUCGUUCGAGGGAUAGAAAAUCCCGAGAGAGGUCUAGGGAUAGGAAAUCGAGGGCCAGAUCGAGGGAUAGAAAGUCAAGGGAGAGGUCGAGGGAUCGGAAAGCGUCGAAGGAGAAGAGUCGUCGCAACAGGGAGGAUUCCAAGGCAAAGGAAAAAUUGAGAGAGACCAAAGAUAGAAAGAGCGAGGGUUUGGACGCGGACAGGAAACGUUCGAGGUCAAAGUCCAGGAGUAGAAGCAGGAGAAGGUCGAGGUCGAGGGAGAAGAAAAAAGAAAAGAAGAGGUCGCGUUCCAGAGGUGGUAAGAGGUCGCCAACGCCGCGGGCAAGAAGAAGAAGUAGGUCUAAGAGUAAGGAUCGGGAACGGGAGAGUAAAAAGAAGGAAAGAAAGGAGAAAAAGAAGGAUAGAUCGAGAAGUAAGUCGAGGGAUCGAAAAGCGGAGAGGGCGAGGUCCAAGUCUAGUUCGAGGUCGAAGGCGUCGAAAAAUCGCGACAGCAAGAAGGAGAGCGCGGUUGAAAAGGAAAAACUGAAAGAGGAAGUGGAGUGCGCGGAUAAAGAUUCAGGGGAGAAGUCCGAUAAUAUGGACAUUUCGAAUUCGCCGUAGGGUUUUUUUUGCAUUGUGUCACAUGUCAUUGAGUAUGGAGGGUGGAAUAAAUUUAUAAAUGUGAA